GGAGUGAUGAGUGGAGCUGGGAUAUUCAUAAAGAAAGAUCUUAAUUUGUCGAAUAUUCAGCUGGAGGUUCUUAUGGGGAUACUCAAUGUUUAUUCCCUAGUUGGAUCUUUUGCAGCUGGAAGGACGUCGGAUUUGAUCGGCCGACGCUAUACCAUUGUAACUGCUGCAGUUAUUUUUUUCUUCGGCGCGUUGUUGAUGGGGCUGGCCCCUAAUUACGCUUUAUUGAUGGUGGGUCGAUUCGUGGCUGGAGUCGGUGUUGGAUACGCUAUGGUGAUUGCACCUGUCUAUACAACCGAGAUCUCGCCAGCGUCGUGUCGGGGCUUUCUGACCUCCUUGCCUGAAGUUUUUAUUAACAUUGGUAUAUUGCUUGGAUACCUAUCCGAUUUCGCCUUCUCCAAUUUUAGUUUAAAGCUCGGAUGGCGGAUAAUGCUCGGAGUAGGAGCCAUUCCGUCGGUCUUUAUCGGCCUCGCAGCGUUAAUAAUGCCAGAGUCACCCCGUUGGCUCGUGAUGCAAGGACGGCUUGGCGAAGCUAGGCAAACCCUCCACCGUGUCUCCGAUUCGCUAGACGAGGCAAACCUCCGCCUAGCCGAAAUUAAAAAAGCCGCCGGAAUUUCCUCAGACUGCAACGACGAUAUUGUAACCGUCGCAAAAAAAAGUCACGGCGAAGGCGUUUGGCGGGAGCUCCUCCAACGUCCAACUCCAGCCGUCCGCCAUAUCUUGUUAGCUACCCUUGGGGUUAAUUUCUUCCAACAGGCGUCUGGCAUAGACGCUGUAGUUUUAUAUAGUCCGAAAAUAUUUGAAAAAGCCGGAAUUACUAGCGACAAUCAGAAACUAUUAGCGACGGUUCUAGUUGGAGUUGUGAAAACAACUUUUAUUUUAGUGGGAACGUUCACGUUCGACCGGGUCGGGAGACGACCGUUGUUUUUGUAUAGUAUGGGGGGAAUGGUAAUAUCACUUGCGAGUUUAGGGACAUGGUUGACGGUUAUAAACCAUUCCAAGACGAAGCUAACAUGGGAGAUUGCUAUGGCUAUUGUAUCGGUUCUCACUUUCGUGGCGACGUUUUCAAUCGGAAUGGGACCGGCGGCGUGGGUUUAUUGCUCGGAGAUUUUCCCGUUGAGUUUACGUGCUCAGGGAGUUAGCAUGGGGAUUGGUGUGAAUCGUGUUAUGAGUGGGGUAAUUUCCAUGACAUUUCUUUCUUUACAAGAAGCCAUUACUAUCGGUGGGGCGUUUUUCUUGUUCAUGGGGGUGGGAAUCGUAGGGUGGAUAUUCUUCUAUACUCUACUACCGGAGACACGAGAUAAAUCACUUGAAGAGAUACAAAGCUUGUUUGGGACAUUCUUUAAUUGGAGGUUAACCUCGGCAGAAAUAGUUAAGAAUCAAGAUGCCAAUGACAAUCAAAUUGAGAUGGAAUCAUCUACUAAUGAUCAUAAUUAA